UGUGCUGCGGGUCUGAGGGCGGAACCAUCAGUCUUUACACACGCUUUACACACACACACACACACACACACACACACAGAGAGAGUGCUUGCGCUCUCACACUCAUCCACAUCAUCAUCGGAUCUGAUCGCACUCGAGUGUUUCUCACGGUGGAGAUGAUGCGGUUGCUACGGUGACUCCGUCAGCUCUGUGAUUGGCUCGGUCUACUUGCGUCGUCAUGGCGAAGAGUCCAGAGGUGAAGCUGGCUGUGUUUGGCAGAGCAGGAGUGGGAAAGUCAGCUCUGGUGGUUCGAUUCCUGACCAAACGAUUCAUCUGGGAGUACGACCCGACACUCGAGUCCACCUACCGCCAUCAGGCCAAUAUCGAUGAUGAGACCGUCGGCAUGGAGAUUCUGGACACGGCCGGACAGGAGGACGUGCUUCAGAAGGAGGGUCACAUGCGCUGGGGCGACGGGUUCAUCCUGGUCUAUGACAUCACGGACCGCGGGAGCUUCGAGGACGUGGCUCCGCUGAAGGGCCUCCUGGACGAGGUCAAGCGGCCCAAACACGUGCCUCUGGUGCUGCUGGGAAACAAGGCGGAUCUGGAUCACGCCCGGCAGGUGGCCACGGAGGAGGGCGAGCGGCUGGCGGCUGACAUGGCCUGCGCGUUCUACGAGUGCUCGGCGUGCUCGGAUCAGGUGGGGACGGGCGGAGGCGUGGCGGAGGCGUUUCACGAGCUCUGCAGGGAGAUCCGCCGCAGACGCGCCGUUCAGGGAAAAACCCGGCGCCGCAGCUCCACCACACACGUCAAACAGGCCAUCAACAAGAUGCUGACCAAGAUCAGCAGCUAAAGACAAGACUGCAGAACAUGAGCCUCCUCCUCAGUAUCUCCAGUACAAAGAUCUACACAUUCUUAAAGCGAUAGUUCACCCAAAAAUGACAAUGUGCUGAAAGUGAGCUCACCCUCCGAGGCCAUCCGAGAUCAGGAUGAGUUUGUUUCUUCAUCAGGUUUGUAGAAAUGUAGCAUUGCAUCAGUGUCUCAGCAAUGGAUGCUUUGCAG